UGCACAGAUCGCCCAAAGGCACAUGUGACUCAUCACCCCAGACCUCAAGGUGACAUCACCCUGAGGUGCUGGGCCCUGGGCUUCUACCCUGCUGACAUCUCCCUGACCUGGCAGUUGGAUGGGGAGGACCUGACCCAGGACAUGGAGCUUAUUGAGACCAGGCCUGCAGGGGAUGGAACCUUCCAGAAGUGGGCAGCUGUGGUGGUGCCUCCUGGGAAGGAGCAGCAUUACACGUGCCAUGUGCAGCAUGAGGGUCUGCCUGAGCCCCUCACCCUGAGAUGGGAGCCUCCUCAGCCCACUGUCUCCAUCCUAGCAGUCGUUGCUGUUGUUGCUGUUCUGGUUGUCCUUGGAGCUUGGUCAUCAUUGGAGCUGUGGUGGCUGUUGUGAGGAAGAGGAGGAGAA